CGGCCGCGGGAGACCAUGGUGCUGGACGAGCUGUGGGCCGCGCUGUCCGGCGCCUCCGGGGCUGCCCUGGCCUGCUGCUUGGUGGCGGCGGCCGUGGCCCUGCGCUGGUCCAGUCGCCGGCCGGCGAGGGGCGCGGCGGCCCGGGCGCGGCGGAGGCAGCAGGCGGCCCUGGAGACCAUGGAUAAGGCGGCGCAGCGCUUCCGCCUCCAGAACCCUGACCUGGACUCCGAGGCACUGCUGGCCCUGCCCCUGCCUCAGCUGGUGCAGAAGUUACACAGCGGGGAGCUGUCCCCUGAGGCCGCACUCUUCACCUAUGUGGGAAAGGCCUGGGAAGUAAACAAAGGGAUCAACUGUGUGACCACCUACCUGGCAGACUGUGAGACUCAGCUGUCCCAGGCCCCGAGGCGAGGCCUGCUCUAUGGCGUCCCAGUGAGCCUCAAGGAGUGCUUCAGCUACAAGGGCCAGGACUCAACUCUGGGCUUGAGCCUGAACGAGAGCAUGCCUGCGGAGUGUGACAGUGUGCUGGUGCAGGUGCUGAAGCUACAGGGUGCUGUGCCCUUCGUGCACACCAACAUCCCUCAGUCCAUGUUCAGCUAUGACUGCAGUAACCCCCUCUUUGGCCAGACCUUGAAUCCCUGGAAGUCCUCCAAAAGCCCAGGGGGCUCCUCCGGGGGUGAAGGGGCCCUCAUUGGGGCUGGAGGCUCCCCCCUCGGCUUAGGCACUGACAUCGGAGGCAGCAUCCGCUUUCCCUCCGCCUUCUGUGGCAUCUGUGGCCUCAAGCCCACGGCGAACCGCCUCAGCAAGAGUGGCCUGAAGGGCUGUGUCUAUGGACAGGUAGCAGUGCAGCUCUCAGCUGGCCCCAUGGCCCGGGAUGUGGAGAGCCUAGCGCUGUGCCUGAGAGCGCUGCUGUGUGAGGACAUGUUCCGCCUGGACCCCACGGUGCCCCCGCUGCCCUUCAAGGAGGAGGUCUACAAAAGCUCUCGGCCCCUGCGUGUAGGGUAUUAUGAGACCGACAACUAUACCAUGCCCACUCCGGCCAUGAAGCGGGCCGUACUGGAGACCAAGCAGAGCCUUGAGGCUGCUGGCCACACGCUGGUUCCCUUCCUGCCAAGCAACAUACCCUAUGCUCUGGAGACCCUGUCAACUGGUGGGCUGUUCAGUGAUGGCGGCCACAGCUUCCUACAGAACUUCAAAGGUGAUUUCGUGGACCCCUGCCUGGGGGACCUGAUCUCAAUUCUGAAGAUGCCAAGUUGGUUGAAAGGACUGCUGGCUUUCCUGCUGAAGCCUCUGCUCCCGAGGGUGGCAGCUUUUCUUAACAGCAUGAAGCCCCGGUCAGCCAGCAAGCUCUGGGAACUGCAGCACGAGAUUGAGGUGUACCGCAACUCCGUGAUUGCCCAGUGGAGAGCCCUGGACCUGGAUGUGCUGCUCACCCCCAUGCUGGGCCCGGCUCUGGACUUGAACGCCCCGGGGAAGGCCACAGCCGCUAUCAGCUACACUGUGCUCUACAACUGCCUGGACUUCCCAGCGGGGGUGGUGCCUGUCACCACGGUGACCACCGAGGAUGAGGCCCAGAUGGAACAUUACAAGGGCUACUAUGGGGAUAUCUGGGACAACAUGCUACAGAAGGCUGUGAAGAAGAGCGUGGGGCUGCCCGUGGCUGUGCAAUGUGUGGCUCUGCCCUGGCAGGAAGAGUUGUGUCUGCGGUUCAUGCGGGAGGUGGAGCAACUGAUGACCCCUGAAAAGCGGCCAUCCUGACUGCUGCCUGCACCCCAUCGCCUGGCUCCGGAGGACCUGAGACCAUUCCAUCAGUGCCCCGCCUAGCCUGGGCACAGCUGCCACCCUGAGAGGAAAUGUUCGGCCUGGGGCAGAGGCUUCUGUGUCUGCCCCACCCCCAUCCCCUACAAGAAGCACAGACCUCCCUGAGUCUGGACCUUGCUCCCCAUCCUGGUCCCCUCCCCCUGGCCUGACAUCCCUCCCUGUGGCAGGCAGUGGGUAUGACAUGGGCAAAGGCCUCUAACAGUCAAGAAA